CACUGGUAUUUACCGACAGCAACUUCCUGUUUUAGCCCUCAAACCAACAGCACACCUGCUUUUUGUUAACCAAAUAAGACUGACGGGUAUUCAUAAAGAGUCCUUAUUGACAGAGGCGUGUUGUGCUGAUAGGCCUAGGAUUGUUUGUGUCUCAUUCUCUUGGAACCUCCAGCAGUAGUUCUUUCCACAGCCACAGUCAAAGAAAUGACGACAGCAACACGCCAAGCUUAUCAGUGGCUCGUUUCCACUUUAAACAAAAGGAAACAGUGCUGCGGCGUCUGACAGAGACCCGUCAAUCAUCAACGUGUGACCCGGCCUACGUCUGAGGACAAGCUCGUAGGCUGCUGUUUCAAUGAGCGCAAACUGGGUGACGGACAUUUUGAAGUGGCAGUACAACUACUGAACCCUUUCAGCGACAGCAAACUUUUAAUUCAAACUCAUGGCGGUUUGUUAAUCUCACAUCAAAUACUUUAAACAGCCAAAGAGUGAAAGCCUCAGAAGAGUUCACAUCACAAUUACGGUGUAAAGCGAUUUCUUCUUCAAUUCACUCUCUCCUUUAAUUAAGAACACAAGACGUCUUUCUCAAGAAUGCCUGAAACUGGUUUUUAUCAGAUCAUAGAACUGGCCUUCAGGGAGGUUCCAAGUAAGAUCAUAUCUGGGCUGUAUAUGCGCGGGGUUCAAUAUGUAAUUCACAUUUCCAGAUGUAAACUGGAGUUUGUCCUGUGUUGACCUUCUCUUUUGUGAUUUUUUUUUUUUGAAUUGUUAAAUGGGCAUUUUCUAAAUUAAAAACAUUAAAAAAAAAGAGUUCAUAUCAGACAACUUCAGUCCAAAUUAAUCCGCUGACACGGCAGCAGAUCCCUUUUUUCAGGAUAUAACCGAUAAAUUAUUCACACUGAAUGAAUAUUUGAAACCUGUUAAAAUAACUGGGUUGCUAAAAAUGUCUGGCAGGAUUGAUUUAUAAUCUAGCGACUGUCUGCUUGAAUCAGAAACCACAUCACUGACACUGAUCACAUUAUUCAUAGCUACUCCCAAAUAACUCAGUGGAAAGAAAAUUGUUAAUUAUCAAUUUCAUUUUUGUCAUUUUGACAGGUACUUAAAUCACUGACGUCACCAGAUCAGAGCGUGCGUAGCCCUGUAAAGAUGAUUGUAACUAGUGAGAUUUACUCAGUCAGUAUAUUGAUGAAUACAUAUUUGAUAAUAUAUGACAUGAUAUAGUCCUAUAUUCUUCCUGCAAUGGGGGAAUUCGACAAUACUCUCAUUGCAUACCGUAAUAAUGGUGUUUUUAUAAAUAUAUAAUUCUACUUCUGUGUUCAACAUAUUCUCCCUUUUGUGAUAACAAUCCAUCUAUCCCAUUUAUUUAUUUGACCCGGGUAACAUUAGGAAAUUUGCAUUGUCAGCAAUGCCCUGUCCAUGAACCACACACAUUUGUUUGCUUGAAUGAGACCAGGGGAAGAGGGGAACGGACAUACAAAAUAUUUCAGCCACAAUCGCAGCAGCCUUGAAAAAAAGGGAGAGUGGGAAGGGAGAAAUUUAAAAUAAACAGAUAUAAGUGAGAAUGCAACGUUUGGGAGAUGCAAAUAAAAUACCCUGCAUGCAGCAGGUAAAAAGGACUACUAACUAAAGAACUUGAUUUUAUGAGUGUAUUUGUUUCUACACUCAACUAUGGUGUGAAACAUGUCAUGAAAGAGCCAGGGUGGGAAUAUAAAAAACUGAAAAGGGUUUCCUAACGUGGGUGACAAGCUUCCUCUACAGUCUAAAAAUAGAAGUGGAGUUGGUUCUCUCAUAAGGAUUUUAUCUGAACGCCCUCAAAUGGAAGUUUUUAGGCAUGUUCCUGCCGGCGGCUCGGAUGGAGCGAUAGGCUCGGGAGGCAAACAAGCUUAAAUCAAAAGCCGCCUUGGUUAGAUGACACAGACCUGAAACUCAUUACUGCCUCAAUAAAAUGUAGAUAUUGGAAAAACCAUAAACCCCUGUCUUGUUUCACAAGAUUUGCUGUACACGUUCCACAUGCUAAGCACAUUGAACUGUGAACCCGCUAUGUUGUAAGAUAGCAUCAGCACUGCUGUUGAAAUGUUCAAUUCAUUCCACCCUGAGCUUUUAUGACGCAGCUUAAAAUCUUAAUCUCCUUUUGUUUUGGUCUGCUCACAGAAAGUCAUAGGUUACAGCACAAUAUUGUCUUUAUACUCAGAGAAAACACGUACUUGCCUACUGUACUAUCUUCCACUGCUUAUCUACCCCCUCAGGGUCAAGGACGUCAUUUCAAGAGCCACUUGAUUCUGUUUCGCCAGCUCCCCGGGACGUUCCCAAGCUAGAAAGAGGUUGACAUGGCUGACUUUUACUUUGGUGGCUCAGCUCAUCCUUCGUGAAAAGCUCGCAGAAGACAUUGAUACAGUAUUUCAACGUCAGAUGAAAUUGAUUCAAUGUUGAAUUAUGUUGAUUUAUGGUCAGAAGUGGUUAAAAUUUAAACGUUGACAACACUUUAUCCUGAUGUAAUUUCAGCGUUAAUUCAAUGUUAUUGGGGCUGCUUCACCAACAAACUCAUCAUCUAAAGAAAACAGCAUAAAAGCAAAAAUAACAUUCAUAAGUAUUGAGUUUUGUCAGAUUAUCUAACUGUAAUACGAGCAAAUCUUCAAUAGACAUUAGAGCAGCCAUUAUGCUUCCGAGCUGCCUUAUUGAUCACCACUAUGGUUAAAAACAUGAGGCAGCCAUGCAGGGUUGUGAGGGAGAAAAUACAACAUUUUGUAAUACUGAGGCUUUUUCUUGCGCAACUGAAUUGCAAUUUUGUUUCCAAAUAGGUUUAGCAGAUAAAAGAGAAGUUGUCAGAUGUGAUGUGAAAUGCAACGCUGAGGUCUUACAUCUUGAAUUAAAAAUAAUUUAACCAUAAAACUUAGCUACAUCGUCAUUUAAAUAUGAUCGUCAACAUGAGAGGAGACGCAGGUUUAGACGUCUUCCAGCGUAUUUCGUGAUCUGAAUUCUCAGCGACAGAGCAGCUGAUGGAGACUGUUACACAACACCGUCAACCGUUCUGACCUGACAGCAGGUUUCAGCACGUCACGGUGAAUCCACCCCGCAUUCAUACAGCGACAUCAAUUCUCAGCAUCAAAACACGAGUGCUCAAUUAUCAUCCGUCUGCUGCAGGCCCGAGCAUGUUCUCGUCUCAGUGACCUGGUGCUGGCGACACGGGCGACGGAGCAGAUGCAGAGCCAUUUUCUGGAGAACAGCAGCCUCCGAGUCAGCACUGCCUCAAUGACUCACCCCGAGCCUGCUGAGUCAAGUGGACUCUGGAACUCAUGAAGCACAAGGCCUAAGCAAAUGCAUGUUUGGUGUGUGGUGAAGGCAGCUACAGGUGCGUAAACGAGGCGGAAAAGCGUCCUAAAACGGAGCGAGUGUCGCGUCAGAAGAGGUGUGUGUGUGUGUGUCACCGGGUUUAACGAGCGUGCCAGGGUGACAGCCACGCAACAAGAGGAAUGCUGCUCCUGGACUCGUGGGGAAGUCAACACCACAGUCAAGGAUCUGCUUCACAUCGCUUUUAUGGCUCUGGGGGGCAGAUAUGAACUGGAGUACACCCAUCGGCGGAUAGUUACCUAGCAACAUAACUGCACGGUAUAUUGCCAAAUCGAUGGCUCGCCAUCCUCAACACAUACCUGGACCAGAUGCACUCCAGCGAUGCACCUCUGGUUUCAGCACACGCCUUCGAGCAAGAGCUGUUAAAACGGUUUCCUUCCCUGGGAGCUCGGUUCACACGCUGCUGGUGUCUGUCAGCGAAGCCAUGGCUGAGAUGUCAGCAGGUUAGUUCCUCCGUGUUCAACGUGGAAGAGCAGAGGCAUGAGGCGAUGUCGAGCAUCAUCGGGAGAGUCUUCCGCGAGAGGCUCCCUCCGUGUUUACUAAAUCAGGCUGCAUCACUGCGCACGAGUGUCCGCGCGUUCAAUUUCCUCUAUCGUCACCGAAGGCCAAAGUAGCUAUGGUAACGUGUCUCAAUGUCCUUGGCUGUAUAUCCACGCCGACCUCGGAGGAGUUGGCCGCUGUGCUUAUCCGGGUGAAAGUGGGCCUCGCGUCAAGCUAGGGCUUCGUCCAAAACCCGGUAGCGUGAGACGGAGCCAGCCGAGGAGCACCGGCCAUAGUAGCUGUCGCUCAGCAAGUCCGAGGGACGCUGCAAGACUUCACAGGCGUCACUGGCAGGACAUGAAGUACGAUCAACACACCCAAAUACAGCGCCACUUCCGCUCGCCUUUCCAAAUAAGAGCACGCGCUCUCAACCGACGUGUGUGUGUGUGUGUGUGUGUGUGUGUGUGUGUGUGUGUGUGUGUGUAUAGAUGUUGAUAAAUGUUUGGAGAGGUUAAAUGCGAUACAAAACUAAAUUGAUUUGUGAUUUUUAAUUUGAGCUAAUGGGAGUCAUUAUUGUCGUUUGGAGGCGCUUGCUUUUGACAAAGGUAUUAAAUAAAAGGCACGAGGUCGCCUCCUGCUGGAUGAAAGGAGUCGUCAGCUAAUUGGUAACAUCGCGAGAUUUAAGAAUAGUUUUUGUUGAAAACUGGUGGCUUUUUAUUUUCAAUUAGGAAAUUAGUUUAUGAAUUAUUUAUUACAAAAGUAAUAGCUUAUAAUAGCUUGUUUACAUAUAUUAUACAUGGUAUGUGGGAAAAAAAUGUUUCAAUGACCCUGUAAAUGUGAAUCACUUGGUCAUUUAGUUUCACUAAAUGCACGACAUUCUCUAGCAGGAAGAUUCCUAACUUUUUUUUUUUUUUGGAUAGCUGCAUUUUUAAUUGAUGGAAUUCUGACUGCUUUUCGUCAAGAAAGCAGAACUACACUUCUUUCAGCACCUGUGCCGCCAAAUUGUCGCUCUUUGAACAUACAUUGUGGCAUGCAUCAUUUCCUGAAUGGCCAUGUAUAGUCAUCAUGAAGAGUACAAGGAGGAAGCAUUGCAUCACAGUCAUCCUCUAUAGAUCAUUUAUCUGUCCAUCUGCAUGUGUGGAAACAGUCAAGCUUCCUUCCUUCCCUUGAAGUGAGCGUUGGCUUGUUCUAAACAUGUGAAACCAGAGGUGACCUGAAGUUUAUGACCACAUGUUAAGGCAGGAAUGUAAAUUGAUGGGAACUCUGACAGGUUUUUCUCCUCCUGCUCAAUUUCCAAGAAUGCUGACACACGUCCAAAAAACUGUUCUUAUUAGAGUCACAGUUCUUCAACUCUUCUAACUUCCUUAUUAAGAAGAAAAAACGAUUCUGCAUUUUGUAGGUUAUUUAAUUAAAUGUUUGGUUUUGCACAGGGGGAAUUUCGGUCAUCACCAGCGGGGCGAAAAAAAACAAAACAAAAAAAAACAAGAGAAUAUGGAAAACAUGAUUUUCAAAUGAGCUUUAGUACUCUUUUGCCGUCUCUGUGGUUUUCUUUUGGAUGCCAUUUUUUUGUUGAUAGUGGCCCCAGAAUCGCGGAAACAUCCUAGAAAAAAUGUAAAUUUAGAUUAAAUAUCCUUUAUUUGUCCCGCAAUUAGUGGGCUGAGAAAGAUGGUCUAUGAAUAUUUGCCAUGGUGCAACACAUAUUUAAGAUGUACCCUUGGUGGAGUUAUGAUAAAGAAAGUAAAUUUAUAUUGUUUAUUAAUUGUACUUUACAUGAUAAGCAUGACAAAAAGAUGGGGACCGUCUCCACUCUGGUAUGUGAGUGCUUGCCAACACACGAUGGCAGCAGAGUGAAAACACACAUCCAAGAAGGAACAGACGUAAAGCGUAGAAGAAGAAUGGAAACACAAACAUGGGUGUUUUCGAAGGAGAAAUGUCAUAACAAGAAACUCCCGGACUAUUGAAAUGACCAUUACAAUAGCGCGGUUUAUUUAAACGCGUUUACUUGCGGUAAGUUUUACGACUAGCUUGGCAUUCAACGAGCAGAUGUCCAGAAUCGUCACUCUCCUCCGCGGCAUGCUCGUUCACUCCAGCCGCUUCUGGUGGAGGGCUCCUCACACUGACCCCCGGAUGUCCAGGAGACUUCCUGCUGGACUGACGUAUGUGCCCAGUGCUGGCAAGAAGAACUCCAUUAAACUUCCACUUCUCAACGAGGACGAUCUUGAGGAGCAGUUUGUGAGAGGAUCAGGUCCAGGAGGGCAGGCUACCAACAAGACGAGCAACUGUGUGGUGCUGAAACACAUCCCUUCUGGGGUUGUAGUCAAGUGCCAUCAAACAAGAUCUGUGGAUCAGAAUCGAAAACGUGCCCGAGAAAUUAUGCAGGAGAAACUGGACAUUUUCUACAAGGGAGAAGAAAGUGAGAUUCUUCUCAGGAAGAAGGAAUCUGUGGUGAGGAAGCAGGAGAAACGAAGGAAAGUCAAUGAGCACUUGGAGAAGAAAAGGCUGUUUAAAGAAUCUAUAUCUGCAGAGACUAAACCUGAAAGUUAAUCAC